GGUACUCCGAUUUUCUCUCUUUGUGCAUCGCAUUUUCUGAUGAAAGUUUUGUUCGGGGAGGAGGGGGGAAUAGUAACUAUGUCUUGCAAUAUUAGUUUAUUCAUUAACAAUCACGUGUAUCGGCUGACAUUAGUACGUACUUAAUUUCCUGAUACUGCAAUUGUAAACAAGUCCUAGUACAGACGCGAUAGACGGAACAGAAAAAGUUUGCCAUGUUACUUUAUCACUUCGUGGAAAGAAUUUACGUGGCUCAAAACUGGACGUGGAUGUUCGAUUGUUUCGGGCUGCAGCGCUGUGAAGGUCGGGCGGCCAUGGCGUCGCCGCACUACAGCCUGCGGUGGAACAACCACCAGAACCACAUCCUGAACGCCUUCGACACGCUGCUGCAGAACGAGACGCUGGUGGAUGUGACGCUGGUGUGUGAGGAGGCGAGCGUGCGGGCCCACAAGGUGGUGCUGUCUGCCUGCAGCCCGUACUUCCAGAGGAUAUUCUCGGAGAACCCAUGCAAGCACCCAGUCAUAGUGCUGAAGGACCUCCGCGGCUGGGAGGUGCAGGCGAUAGUGGACUUCAUGUACAAGGGCGAGAUCAGCGUCAUCCAGGACCAGCUCGCCUCGCUCAUCAAGGCCGCCGAGUCUCUGCAGGUGCGUGGGCUAGCACACACGGAGCCAGUGGUCUCGGACAAGGACGCCCCGGGGCGGUGCUCCUUCUCCCCGGCACCGCCGCCGCCCCCGCCCCUCGCCAGCCUGGAGAAGAUGGGGCUGUUCCCGCCCCACCCCCGGGGCAGCUUCCCCCACGACGCACCCGGGCCGCCCUCCUUCUCCCCCGCGCACUUCGAGCCGCCCCUCAAGCUGCCCCAGGUGCCCCACCUGCCACACAUCUCGUUCGGCGACGUCUUCCCGCCGCCCGCGGGGGAGCUGUGCGCUUCUCCGCAGCCUCGGAGAAAGCAGGUACGCAAGGCGCGCCCCCGCAGGAGGUCCGGGGACCUGGGCGGGGUGCAGGACCUGUCCAAGACCUCCCCGUCGCUGGCGUCGUCCCCGCCGGCCGACGUCGCCGAGAACCUGUCCAUGAAGAAGCCGUCGUCUGCCAACAGCCUGGCUGCGUCCCACCACUCGGCGCCGCCCCGGACGCCCGUCUCCUCCCCGCACCCGCUGCCCCCGGCGCUGCUGAAGACGGAGAGCGAGGAUCCCCACCACCUGGACAACUCGUGCUCGGACGUGCACCUGCCCGACAGAGGGGACCGCGAUCGCGACAAGGAGAGGAUGGAGUACUGCAACGACUCCCUCGGCCUGCCGCCGCCGCCGCCGGACUCGUCCUUGGACAGCUCCAGUUUCCCGCAUCUGCCGUCAGUGUCAGCGCUGGCUCUGACCCCACCGCAUAUUUUUUCUUUGGACUCUCCUCUUGGAUUCUUCCCAGGCAUGGAGGCGUGUCGAAAUCCUCUUUUGAAUGACUUGCCGGAUAUCAAGAAUGAAAAUCAUCACGUUAUGGGAAAAAGAAAAAUGGGGCGGCCCAAAGGCCAGCACAGCGCGCCGAGGGGGGGUCCUCCUCGCUCGUGGACCAACGCGGAGCUGACGGAGGCCCUCCAGCACGUGUGGAACAAGAAGAUGACCACGUCCCAGGCCUCGCGCAUCUUCGGCAUUCCCUACAACAGUCUGCUGAUGUACGUGCGUGGCAAGUACGGCAAGUCGCUCAAGCUGGAGCAGCUGAAGAAGGACUGCCUGGGCGCCCCUGGCGGCCCGCUCGACCUCCUGGGGCUGGGACCCCUCGGCCCGCCACCGGCCAACAACAACAACAACAACAACAACAACAACUCGACGAAGUCUGCGCCGGAGGAUCUGCUCGGGCCGCCCGUGUCCGAGCACGACAUCGUCACGUCCAUAGCGUCGGGUUUCAACCCGUACUCGCCGGCGAGCUUCUACCCCGACUUCGCGGCGUCCUUCCCGGUCCCCGUGAGCAUGAUCCACCUGCUGCCGCAGUCGGAGAAGAACCGCGACAUGUACCCCCCCGUCUCCGUGCCGCUGCCCCUCGACAUCUCCCUGAGCAAGGACGACGAGUGCAAGGGCGGGGGUCGCCGGUCCCGCUGCGACAACGGCAGCUCCGCGGAGGAGGACGUGGACCCCGUGUCUCGGUCCGUGUCGGCGCGAGACGAUGCGGCCCGUCUCGUCGAGCAGAACGGCCGGAACUAACCGGGCGACUGUCGCUUGUGGCCAGAGUGUGCCCGCCCACGCUGCAGUACACUUAUAGAACAUAUUUUGAUAUCACCGUUUCAUUACGCAGUUUUUUUACAAAGCAAAUUUAUUUUAUACGAAUCUGUGACGAUGAAUACCUCAGAUCUAGGGGAUAGCACUGGUGUACAUAGAUAUAGCUCCACUCCUAACUUUUAUACAUCAUCUGUACUGUUUCCCCAAUUAACUCGGCCACGCUCUGGUGACAAACCGCAGGCAUCUUGAAAGACACGUGAAAUAAUUAUUGUGAUGAUUUUAAGUAUGGGUGCUGGUAGUUUUACUCGAAGUAAAAAAAAUAACGUAAACUGUCGAGUCUCUACAGCGAUGAGACAAAGUUUUCAUUAUCGUAAGGUUAAAUAUGUGGCAGGCUGCGAGAAGAUGUUUCCAUUGAUAUUAUUGCAUUGUGCUUCCUGUUAUUUUUAAAUCUUAUACAUUUGAAAAAUUUUUGCAGCUGGUGUUAGCCAUCUUUAUUUUGCUUUGAAGCAACAUCGUCGAUAGUUUCCUUUAAAAGACUGACUUCAAAUGCCAAUAUGUCGAUAUAUAUCUGAAUUACGUGACUUUACUAAAUCCUAAUUACAUUACUUCGUAAACAUCAUCAACAGUUCCUGCAGGUACUUAUACCAAAUAUUACUUAACUUUUAAGUUUGGAAGAUAAAUAGUAGAAAUAAAUUUUUAUAAUCUACAGAGUAUAUUAUGAUAUAUUGUUCACUCCGCACAUAUGGGUAUGGAAUAACCAAUGGUUUUUGUAUGAUUUUAUAAAAUGAUCAUAUAUAUAUCUGUGUACAAAUUGCAAGACAACAUGGCGCAAGAAUGACGAGUGUUAGUGUGCAUUUAGUUUCAAAUACUGUGUGCAUUAGCACUUCUGGAAACUAUUUUAAUAUUGUGAUGAAUCACACAGAGAAUUUGAAAAUCAGUGUUGUGAUAAAAUCAUAAAAAAAGAAUUGUAAUGUUGAGUGCAAAUGAAAUGUAUUAACUGUGAAUGUUAGAUGUUCCUGGAAAAUGAAAAAUCUCAGAGUGAAAA